CAAAUAUAGAGGGAGUAUUUGUUUUCGUACAAUCUUCAAGUUUCUGAGCAAGAAGCUGUCUCUAAUGUUGACAGUUGCCUUGUGGUUGGCGGUUUGGGAAACGCAUAAGAAGCGUUUAAAAGAAACAAGACGAAAGAAAAUUACUUCACUCCAUAACAAUACGUGCCGCUUUAAAAGGUGUUUAACACGUCAUGUAGUUUAAGUUCCAUUCCUUAAGGGACUGCAGACAACACACUGUUUUCAGUAAAAGUUCACAAACUGCGUGGAGUGUAGUUUAUUAUCCUUUCAUCAUGGUGUUGAGAGCAGAGAGCUCCCUUCCGUUCAGUGUAGAAGUGUAAAAACAGAGCAAUGGCAAUAUCUCAUCUUCUUUCUCCAUUACCAUCUCUAACCGGAAACCUAACCCUAACCAGUCGUUCUUCUUCAUCUUCUCUCCCUCUAAACUCUAAUCCCCACUUCCCAAAACCAAGACUUUCAAGGGAAAGAGCCGCCAAACUCGUCCUCCGGUCCAAGGGAGACGACUCCGUGGACGCAUCCGAUCGUCUCAUCUCAGCAGUCUGUUACUUCUACCCGUUCUUCGACGGCAUUCAGUACGGUAAAUUCAUCAUCACGCAAUACCAACCUUUCCAGAUUCUCAUCCAACCUCUGUUUCCCGCCAUCAAGGCCUUCAAGAGCUUCCCUUUCAACGGCUUCCUCAUCUUCAUCACUCUCUACUUCGUCGUCGUCAGGAACCAGAACUUCAGCAGGUACGUUAGGUUCAACACGAUGCAGGCCAUCGUCCUCGACGUGCUGUUGAUCUUCCCGGAUUUGCUCGAGAGGAGCUUCAACCCCAGAGAUGGGUUUGGUCUGGAUGUGGUGAUGAGUCUGGACAGCACUGUGUUCCUCUUCUUGCUUGUCUCUUUGAUCUAUGGUUUUUCUGCUUGCUUGUUUGGUCUGAUUCCGAGGUUGCCCAUUGUUGCUGAUGCUGCUGAUAGGCAAGUCCUUUGAACAAAUAACAUAACACGUAUAUGUGAUUGAACUUUCUCUGUAUUGGAUCUAUUUAUAAUGUAACUUUUUGAUCAAUGAAAGGUUUCUUUGCAAGA